AGAACAUCAAAUGCCUAUAACAAUUUCUAAUACACACACAUUUAGAAAAACACUCCCAACUGAAAUCUCAAACUUAAAAUGCUGAAACUUGUUACAAACCAUGUUUACACAAUUUCUAAAAGUUCCUGCUUGUGCUUCCUUAAUAAGAGUUCCUCUUUACUUCUUCCUUUCUGAAAAAAAGAAAGGAGGAAAAGGAAGGCCAUCCUCUUGAGUACAUGCUCAGCACAUGCAGAGCGAUGGGCCCUGUGAGCACAAGCAAGAUCGGCCUCUGGCUGGAAAUCAGCUUGAUCCUAUUUCAUGUCGGUGUGCUGGGUGCCUGUACGGUCUCCGUGGUGCAGCCAGGUUACCUAGAGGUGGACUACACUUCUGAGACCGUCACCAUGGAGUGUACCUUUUCCACAACUGGAUGCUCUUCAAAGCAACCAAGAAGCCUGUGGUUUCGCUGUGGCACUCAUCAGCCUGAGGUUCUGUGCUUGGAUGGAUGCAGAAAUAAGGCAGACAAGUUCACAGUGAGAGAAACGCUGGACCAGAACCAAGUCUCCCUCACUGUCAACAGGCUGUCUCCAAAUGACAGUGCAAUUUACAUCUGUGGAAUAGCAUUUCCCCAUGAGCCGGCACGGAGAGCUAAACAGACCGGAAACGGGACUACACUGGUGGUGAGAGAAAGAUUUCUCAGCAGGGAGGUGCGCAGUCUCCUGAUAGUCCUCUUAGCACUGCUCUCUGUCUACAUCACCGGGGUGUGUGUGAUCUUCCUAGUCCUCUGCAAAUCAAAAUCUAAGAGUCCAAGAAGUAGAGAAACCAAAGAAGACUCACAAAAGAAGAGUGCUCGGCGAAUCUUUCAAGAAAUCGCUCAAGAAUUAUACCAUAAGAGAUAUGUGGAAACAAGCCAACAGCCUGAGAGAGACGGCACUUAUGAAAACAGAAGAGCACUUCCCAACUCUGGAAGACCAUAGAUGUGCUUCACUUUUCAUUAAAUCACUGCAACUGAAACGCCAGCAUCCACUGCAGUGUGAAUGGACACAAGCCAAUCAAAAACACCAAAGGGCGCUGGGGAUGUAGCUCAGUCGGCAGAGUGCUUGCCUAGCAGGUACAAAGCCCUGGGUUUGAUCUCCGUCACCCCAAAAACUCAGCAACGCGACACGAGGCUAUAAUCCCAACAUUCUGAAGGUAGAAUAAAUAGGUCAGAGGUUCAAGGUCAUACUUGAGUACAAGAUGAAUUUGAGGCCAGAGAUAAAUGUAACCCUGUUCCAAAAACAACUGCCACCACCAAAAGAAAAAGACACAACAAAUGGAAAAGAUGGCCAGCCACACCAGAAGGCAGAAUGUUAGAAGCUGUCGCCAAUGGAAACUACAAAUAUGAAAACCUCAAGAAAAUUCAACUGGAGGAUCUCUUUUUCUAAUUUUCCAUGAACAGUCUAUCUUUUUCUUUUUUUUUUUUUUCUUUUUCUUUUGGUUUUUCGAGA